CCUCAUAUCUCACAAAAGCUCUCUCUAACAUAUAAACAAGAGAAAGAAAAGAAAAUCGAGAUCAGGACCAGUACUCUGCUACUAAUAGACAAAUAUGGGUAGUGAACUCAAAUAUUUCGCCGUUCUAGCCAUAACAGUGGCUGCCCUCCUUCACUCCACAGCAGCAAUAGAAACCCACGUCGUUGGAGAUGAAUUCGGAUGGAUUGUUCCUCCCGGAGGUCAUUACGCUUACGAAGCCUGGGCUUCCGGGCACAAAUUCUCCGUCGGCGACAUUCUUGAGUUCAACUUCACGACUGGUGACCAGGACGUAGCCAUGGUUACAAAGGAAGCUUUCGAUAGCUGCAAUUCCACAAGCCCCAUCGAGCUUAAAACAACUGGUCCGGCCAAUUUCACAUUGGAUACGAUUGGGUCGUACUAUUUCAUUGGAACCAUGGACAAGCACUGCGAGUUGGGACAGAAGCUAGCCAUCAACGUGACUGCUCAUUCUGGAUCACCGACUCCAAGCCCUUCACCUAAACCUAGUCCUACACCAAGAGGCCCUGUGACUUACGUCGUCGGCGAUCAUUUUGGAUGGAUUGUCCCACCGGGCGGUGAACUUGCUUAUUCUGCUUGGGCUUACGGCAAGACUUUCUAUGUUGGUGACACUCUGGAGUUCAACUUCACAACCGGAGAUCAAGAUGUAGCCAUGGUCACAAAACAAGCUUACGAGAGCUGCAAUUUUAAUAAAUCCCAGAUCACAAUAUUAACAACUGGACCGGCCUAUAUCAAGCUGAAUCUCACAGGCGAGUAUUACUUCAUUGGCACCAUGGAUAAGCACUGCGAAUUGGGACAAAAGCUAGCCAUCAACGUGACUACAAAUCCUGGUGGCCCUUCAGCCUCCCCUACUCCUGCUCCUGCUCCUACUCCUAGAGGUCCAGUGACUUACAUCGUCGGCGAUCAAUUGGGUUGGUUUGUGCCCGGUAAAUAUGAUUAUUCUGCUUGGGCUAACGGCAAAACUUUUAUCGUUGGAGACACGCUAGUUUUCAACUUCAUCAACGGGACACAAGAUGUAGCUGUCGUGACCAAGGCUGUUUUUGACAACUGCACCACCAAUAGCACCCUAGCUGUUUUUAAAAAUAGUCCGGUGAACAUCAUCUUCAACACCACCGGUGAACACUACUUCACAUCCACCUACGAUCGCCACUGCGAAUUGGGACAGAAGCUAGCGAUUAACGUGACCGCCAAGAGCACAGGAACGGCCACGUCUCCCUCGAGCUCCACAACGCCUUCUUCACAUGCUCCGUCAGCUCAUUCCCCGGCCGCUUCUGCUCCAUACAACUCUGCCACCCCUUCCAACAUUAAUGGCAGUGGCUACUUCUUCACCUUCUUGCUCAUUGGAUUGGCUUUCUUCCAUUGAUUAUAUUUACUAGUUAAUCCAUGUCUUGAUAUUGUUUAUUUGUAAUCGAUCAUCGGUUCAUUACAGUACAUACCUUAUAGAUGAGAGGCUGUAUUGAGUUUAUUUGAUUUAUACAUUCCGUUUUUUAAUGUACAUAAGGAUUUCGGACAAAGCUAUUUGAUUCAUGGCUUGUCGUCCAUUAGUUGAUCCUUGUAAUAAUCAUUGUUGUACUUUCCUUUACUCAAUAUAAAUAAUUACAGCCAACCUACAUUCACGAAUA